CAGUUCGAGUUGUCCAUGUCACAACUGGUCAAAGUGGACGAAAUCAAUCAGAUCAUGGAGACCAAUCUGUGGCUGAGACAUGUCUGGAAUGAUUACAAACUGAGAUGGAAUCCAAAAGAUUUCGGAGGCGUGGAGUUUAUCCGUGUGCCAUCCAGCAGGAUAUGGAAGCCAGACAUUGUGCUGUACAACAAUGCAGUUGGAGAUUUCCAGGUUGACGACAAAACAAAGGCCCUGCUCCGUUACAAUGGCGAUGUCACCUGGAUCCCUCCAGCUAUUUUCAAGAGCUCCUGCAAGAUCGACGUCACAUAUUUCCCCUUCGACUACCAGAACUGCACCAUGAAAUUCGGCUCCUGGACCUAUGACAAAGCCAAGAUCGAUCUGGUGCUGAUUGGCUCCACCAUCAACCUGAAGGACUUCUGGGAGAGCGGCGAGUGGACGAUCAUCGAUGCCCCUGGUUAUAAACACGACAUUAAAUACAACUGCUGCGAGGAAAUCUACACAGACAUCACCUACUCUUUGUACAUCCGCCGGCUGCCUCUUUUCUAUACCGUCAACAUGAUAAUCCCCUGUCUGCUCAUCUCCUUCCUCACCGUGCUCGUCUUCUACCUGCCGUCUGAUUGUGGUGAGAAGAUCACCCUGUGCAUCUCUGUUCUACUUUCUUUAACGGUCUUCCUGCUUGUUAUUACCGAGACCAUCCCUUCCACAUCACUGGUCAUACCCUUGAUUGGCGAGUACCUCCUCUUCACCAUGAUCUUUGUCACCCUCUCUAUUGUCAUCACUGUUUUUGUCUUGAACGUCCACUACCGCACACCACAGACCCACACCAUGCCCUGCUGGGUGCGCCGUGUGUUCCUGGGACUGCUGCCCCGGGUGAUGUUCAUGACCAGGCCAGAGAGGGACCCUGAGAAGGUGGCAGUAGUCGACAACGUCAACACAAUGCAUGCUAGACCUUGCUCCAUUCAUUCGUCGGGCACUCUGCAGAAACAGUACAGGCCUCAGGCCCUGGCCUCCAGCCUGACCAACCGCCAGCGGCUUUUCAACAGCACGGAGCUCUCCAAGCUCAAUAACCUGAACGCAGACCCUGGAAAAGAUGCAGGCUCUGGGUUAUUGUGCUGCGAGGGUCGCUGCAACUGCUGUUUGCACCAGAGAUCCGGCAAAUUGCCUACAGACUCUAGGGGAGGGAGUGGAGGACUGGAGUGCCUGGCAGCGCUGACAGGAGGCAAUGCUGGUUUGGUAGAGGAGAGUCAAUGCUCCAGCUCCGAGUCUCUGGACGUAGGGAUAUUGUCCCUUUUGCCGUUCUCUCCUGAGAUCAGGGAGGCCAUUGAGAGUGUCAAAUACAUAGCAGAGAACAUGAGACUGCAGAAUGAAGCAAAGGAGGUUCAGGAUGACUGGAAGUACGUUGCUAUGGUGAUCGACAGGAUCUUCCUGUGGGUUUUUGUCCUCGUGUGUAUCCUGGGAACAGCUGGACUCUUCCUCCAGCCUCUGUUACUCCUGGAGGACAUUUGAGUCACUUUGACAAAACUUCCAUCUUGAGAAUGUUGAACUGCACAGCAGCCGUUACUUAUACGAGUCUUGUCCAGCAGCUCAGAGAAGGAAAAGAGAGUGGAUCCAAAAGUGGAAUAAAGAAAAACACUCAGACACUCAAAUCCUGACGACAUGUCUAAAAAAAAUAUGAUAACUGACAAUCCUAAACUCUGAAGAAACGUGGUGCCACACUGAAAGACGGGAGAUGAAUAUUAGUGACUGAUGUUUUGUCAGAAGGCGACAUCAUGUGGUCAUUUUUUGAAACUACAAGUAUUUUUUUUGCUGUUUUAAAGGGAUAUGUCACCCAUUUCAUCACAACCUGUAUUGUAACAUACUCUAAUAUCUGUAAUAUCAGUUCUAACAUUUAUUGAAAGUUUACAAAUGAAACCUAAAGAGCUCGAAAUGCAUAUGAGAGCUGCUGUUUGGGUUUGUCCAGAU